AUGGAUGGAAUUGAUUGGGUAAAGAGUUUAAAGCCACAAAACGAAGAAACUGACAUGUCUACUAUUGAUUGGACUAAGUUUUUGCCCCCUAAACUGGAAAUACCAGAGUUGCCUACUCAAGACAAUUGGAGGCUAUAUAAGAAAUCUAAAAAGCAUGAGAUUCGAUUGAGAAUUUUGAGGGCUAAAAGUAAUAAAUAA